CUAGAGUUAUGGUUCCCUGAAUGAGGAAGACCAACAGGGUGGCUGAGUGAAUACCCACUCCUGACUGACUGCUCUGGAUAUAGGCUACAAGCUAAAGAAGAAGUAUAUCCUAUAAUGGCGUGCAUUAAAUCAAUCUAUGAUUUCAGCGCUGAGACCUUGGACGGUCAGAGCGUUCCUCUCAGUAACUACAGGGGCAUGGUGCUCCUCAUUGUCAACAUGGCCACCUUCUGAGGGUCAACAAUAGAGGAGGUAGGCUAAUGAUGAUUCAUGGUGCUAGCCUAUACAGGCUAAAAGCCUAAUGCUGGUCAGCGAACAUAGGCCUAAUUGUGUUGUAGUAUUAGAGAUAUUUUACAGUCAGUCCAAGGGGAAUGUUUUUGUUCUCCAAGGGGAAUGUUGAGGUGGUGUUCUAAUUCUAUGGGUCAUCCAACAGUACCACAGAAUGAAUGCACUCAUGGAAAUGUUUGGUGACCUCAACUUCACUGUCCUGGGAUUCUCCUGCAAUCAGUUUGGUCUUCAGGCACCUGGUAAGUCUUUUUGAAAUAACAAUAAGUGUUUUUGAUCUGUUGUAACUUAUAGGCCUACUUUGUCUCCAGGAGUAAUGCUAAGUAUCAAAACACUCAUGUGUAGGCCCAUAGUAUGCUUGUUUGUCAUGUGGAACAACGAUGACGAGACCAGUUUGUUUUUUAAAUGUCUCUGUUUCAGAACUAAUAAGCUUACUGUUCUGUUGUAUUUGUUGUUGUUGUGUCUUCAGAGGUAAAUCAUGAAACCCUCAACCUUCUCAAGUAUGUAAGGCCAGGUGGGGGGUUUGUCCCCAAGUUCCCUGUGUUUGGCAAGAUCGAGGUCAACGGGUUGAAUGAAGAACCUCUUUUCGCCUAUCUCAAGGUACAUUUUACAUUUUAGUCAUUUAGCAGACGCUCUUAUCCAGAGCGACUUACAGUUUUUUAGUGAGUACAUACAUUUUUCAUACUAGCAUAAAUGUUUAAUGGACUAGCACAGUCACACAUCAAACUAGAUUGAUGGCUACGUGGUAGAAUAUUUGACAUGUCCUUAUGCACUAUUAUGUACCUCACUCUAGGGUCAAGUUGAAUACCUUAUGGACUUCCAGACCUCACUAAAAGCUUUUGUUCAUGUCUUCUACAACAGGAGUCUUUGCCCUAUGUGAACCCUGUCAUAGGAGAUAUAAAGAAGUUCUACUGGUCACCCAUCAAAGUCAAUGACAUUCGCUGGAACUUUGAGAAGUUUCUAAUCGAUUCUAAAGGGGUGCCUUUCAGACGGUAAGUUAAUCACACGAAGAAGAAGAAAAAAUGACUUGACAGUAUAAUAAAUGUAUCAAUCAUUCAUUCAUUCAUAAUUCAUUCGUUAAUUCAUUUACAAAUAACAAGAUUUGAAAAUACUUUAUAAUGGCCUCUCCUUUUCCCCAGUUAUGAACUUCAUGGCCCUCCUGAGAUCGUGGAGAAAGACAUCGCAAGCCUUCUAUAAAUGGAGCCAUCUGUUCCCUUUAUGGCUGUCAAGAAAGUGGGUCCUUCGCCAGCAGAGGAAGAGUGACGAUCUCUCAGUAAAUGCAGACUAAAUGCAGCUGAGCUGGAUCUGAUGGAGCAGGGAGAAGGACUCUGAGUUUCAGUGCAUUCACUCAGAGUAUCAGAUCCCUCCAGCCCUUGUUGGUGAUUAGUAGGCCUGUAAUCAGCAUGCUCUCAAUGUA